CCAGAGCACUUGAAGUACAAAGUUCGUUAAAACAGGCUUAAACGGAGGCUGAAAGAACACACGCGCUGGAAUAAUCCAUUUUCUAAAAGAUGGUUAAAUGCUUCUAAUGAGGACUAGGAGCUGGAAUAACAACAGUUUUUUAAUCUUGUGUUUAACAGGAUUGUAUUUGCACACUAAUGGAAUUAUGGUACUAAUACCUCAUCAUUUUGUCAGUGCUUCAGUGGAUGAAAGCGCUAUUCUAUCAGUGGAAUAUAGAUGCACUGGAGUGCCUACAAUCAGAUGGAGACAGCUAUCGCCACAGGGAAUGAAAAGCAUCAUCACCUGGGAACCAGGCAAUUAUCAAAAUAUUUCAGAGAGCUAUCAAGACCGGAUUCAGGAAUACAGAAAUGGGUCCAUCCAGCUUUCCAAUGUUCAAUUAUAUGAUGCUGGCUGCUAUGUUGUGACAGUGACAGAUAAAGUAGGAAGCAGCAAGGAUGGUGUUAUUAUAUUGAAUAUAAAUGAACCUGUUUAUAAGGACUUGUAUUUCGUGGUUGUUGUCACUACAGUUCUUUUUGCAAUAUCUAUUCUCCUAAUGUUCUUUCUAUGGAUUUGCAAUCAAAGUGUGGAACUGUAUAAAAUGAAGAGGAGAGCACAAAGUGCAAAAGCUCCUACAGAUAUGGAACUAUCAGCACUUUAAUAUUGCAUAAUACGUUCCAGUUUGUUUAACCAAGACUGACACAAUCUGAAAAUAGAAGGAACUUGAAGAAAUAACCAACACUAAGAAAAUUGAAUGGAUGAAUAGACACAGUUCUUGUAGUAUAUGUCUACCCUCUGAUUAUAUCAUGCAAAAUAAUAGCUAAUGUGAAGAGAUAAAAUGUUUUGCAAAAUCACUAAAUGAUCUUAAUUCUACCAUGUACUCAUUACUGCAACUAACUUUAUCUAUACUUUGGAUGUACUCUGAACAACAGUUCUCACAUACAGUGCUUACUCUGAAUUGUGGAUAAUACCAAAAGCAUAUAUUAAGUACAGACUAAAUUUGGAUAAUUGAAGCAAUAAAUGUUUUACUGAAUUAUAA